UAGACUUAACUCAAGAAACAAUAUACGAUACUGUAGUUAAUUCUAGAUUGGAUCAUAAAGAACGGAGUCAAACUCAACAAAACCUGGCAAGACAUAUAAGUGUGCACAAAUUUGAUACUUUUUCAACGUUUGAGGGUACAUUUGAUGAAGACACUGGCUUAGGCUAUCUUGCUGGCAUUGACGAGGACAUAACACAAACUAUGGAACAAAUCAUUAUUCCUACUUCUGAUAUCAGUAAAGAAAGCUUGAUAUCAGAAAAUCAGCUGAAUAAUGAUUUGCAAUCUACGAAAAUGGAGCACCUUUAUAAAAUACUAGUUAUAGGAGAGCUUGGAGCUGGUAAGACAUCUUUGAUAAAGCGAUAUGUUCAUCAAUUUUUUUCACAGCAUUAUAGAGCAACAAUUGGUGUAGAUUUUGCCUUGAAAGUUUUGAACUGGAAUCCAGAAACUGUCAUACGGUUACAAUUGUGGGAUAUUGCAGGUCAGGAAAGAUUUGGAAACAUGACUAGAGUUUAUUACAAAGAAGCAGUUGGUGCAUUUAUCGUAUUUGAUGUUACAAGAAGUUCAACAUUUGAUGCAGUAUUAAAAUGGAAACACGACUUGGAUCAAAAAGUUGUACUGCCUAAUGGUCUACCAAUUCCAUGUGUUCUACUGGCUAACAAAUGUGAUCAACCAAAAGAAGGACUUGUGACAUUACCUAAUAAAUUAAAUGACUAUUGUAAAGAAAAUAAUUUUAUUGGAUGGUUUGAAACAUCAGCAAGAGACAAUAUAAAUAUCGAAGAAGCUAGUAAUUUCUUAGUAGAUCAUAUUCUAGAAAACAACUACACACUGAAAAAUUUACCGCAACAGGUGGAUAGUGAAAGGCUUACACUAGAUGAUUCAACACUUACUUCUGAGAAGCCUUGUACCUGUUAGAAAAGUAUUCUUCAGAAAACUGUUAAAACCA